AUGGUCAUGACAAAAUCGAAGAGGGCGAAGCGAAUCCUCCGGUGCCUCUACGCCGCUCAACAACAUGAUAACAUGUUGAGUCCAUCAGCAACGCCUCUUAUUCGGUAUAAUUUGCUAUACAACUAUCAUCGUUGUAUUCAGGUCACCGUGGAUCUAGGCAAGCCAUUAUGCCAGCAUCCUUCGCUUCUUGCUUUCAAUGAAUUGUCUUGGUUUCUACGAUCACAGUUGGAGGCACAGCGAAUUACUGACAACGAGAAGCUCUGGUCACAGGUUGCACCCAUUCUGACUUUCAUUCAAAUCAAUCUCUGGAUACUUGGCAAACCACACAAAUUUCCUACCUUGUUCAUUUGGCAAUCGAAAGAACUGCAUCGUUCUUUCUACUUCUUUGCUUUUGUCGGCGUCAAAAUGGUUUCCAAGACGUACACAGCUCGGGAGUUACUGCGACUGAGACAAGUUUCUGCAAGCAAAACCUUGUACGACAAGCUACAUCAAAGAUUGCAUAACGACCCUGCUUUUGGGGAAAUAUUUCGCAUGUCGCCUGAACGAGCUCUUCCCCUCAUUCAAGAGGAGGUACCAGACAACAACGACAUAGCAAAUCAAGUUGCUACUGAAGAGUCAUCGGUCCGCCAGCUAGAUGGCACCGAUGCAGAAUGGAAGUAUCGGGGUCGAACGGAAUCCGAACAUGGGGAACACAACCCAAUCGGUGCUCCGGCUGGACUUGCCGCACAGAAAGAUGAAGGUUUCCAGAGAUUCUAUAAGGCUGUAGUUUCUCCAACUCAUGUUCGGGUCACGGCUGGUGGCCGCAUUGUUCCCAAUACUCGAGGUUCGUCAUCGCCAACUGCCAAGUUGACAAGAGAUAAAAUCGGAGUCGAAUGCCCUUACAGCCCACGUUCAGCAGGUCAUGACCAAGCUGAUGUACCUGCAUAUCCCAUUCCUGCCGGGCUUUCUCAUCAAGCUUAUACAGCUUUCCCUCCCCUCUUUCCAGGCUUCUUCCCAGGUAUGCCGGCUGCAAUAGCACAUGGCCCCCCGCCGCCGUAUCCCAUCAGCCCAUGGCAGAUGGGCUUCGGAAUGACCAAUUCGUUUGGCAUGGUCCAAGGUCCGUCUUCUCCAACACCGGCGGUCAAGGCAGCUCCAAAAUCUCCCGGCUUGUCUGGAGCAAGCGAUAGGCAGGCGCACUCAACCAAUUCAGAAGGAUCCAACCCUGUCCGUAUCUCGCCACCCGAGAAUUUUGAUCCAAGCAGGCCAUACUAUGUUCACGGCCAAUGGGUCGCGCCCGGCGGCGGUGCGUUUUAUCAUUAUGGGAUGACACCCCUUCAAGGGUUUCCUGUGGGAGGUCCUGCAAUUGUGCAACCAAGAUACGCAGUGGGUGCUACAGUGCAAUCCAUGCAAUCCAAACCAGACCGGCCGAUGCAAAUGCACACUCCAGUGACAUCUUCGUCGACUGGUGCUAGCAUCUCUGGACAGUCCAAUGUGCCGAUUUCAUCUAUUCGACCGAGUGAAAUUACCAAAAAGCAGAUAGAGAGUCUCAGAUCUACUCUGAGAUACUAUGAAGACCAACUGCAGUACAACAAACAUCAGAUUGACGAAAAGAGUAUGGAGAGUCAGGCUGACAUGGUUCGGGAUCAAAUCCAGCAGUUCGAGAAGACAUUGAAGGCACAGCUGGAAGUCGAGAAGUCUCAGUACGUCAAGUCCGAAGUCCAUGGAGGUUCAAGAGGCUCCGUCAAUUAUAACAAUGGAACGGACUCAACAUCUUUGAUGGCAACUGAUGUUAAAUCGGAGCGCAGUUCUCGCCAAUCUUCAGUAUCCCAAAAGGCCACAGUUCAUGUUCAAUCGACAAACUUACGCCGGCCUAAUGAUCAGUAUACCUGCCGGCGCUCUUCGACAUUGAGAUCUGUGAAGUCUGCUUCUGCUCCUGUCUCGGCAAAGAUCACACCGGACUCAUCUGAAUCAAGUGAGGCUUCCAAGAAACCUUCGACCCUUCCCGUCAGUGCUGCUUUGGCGCCCCCGUUUCAUCCUCGCGCAGAUUCCACUGCAUCAGUACCUGUGCCGCUCGCUGCACGGGGAUCUUCUGGGUCCUCAGGUGAGGAAGCAAACUACGACCAGAUUCUGAAGGAAUCUCUAUCGGUAGAGUCUACCGGCUCGGAGAGCUGUACUGACAAGCCUUAUUUGAUUGGAAGACUUCCCGAAGGUGCAGGCAACCUGGAUAGAGGCAAUUCUUCUGGCUAUAUAUAUAGUCGUGAACUAACGGAGGACGAACUGCGGGCUCGCCACAUGUAUUGGGGCAGAGCACCUCGUCAUCUCCAGAAGGGAUUGCCAAAGUUUGAUGGCAAAGACUUCUAUCCCCCUUCUCCCGUCAAGCCCCAUCGCCCAACAUCUGCUUCAGGCCCUCUGGCUCAGUGUCCUCCCAUUCCUCGAGAAGUCGCUGAUACCACACUGAGAACACCAAAGGUGACUGUUGAUCCGUUCCGAUCCUUGGGAAGGGCUACUCAGCGGCUUUCUCGAAGCGCCCUCGGCGCUGCAACACAAUCUGAAAACCUGACCAGCUCCGACGAGCUACCAGACAACCAAUCUGGAAACCAACAAGAGUCAUCCUUUGGUAGUGGGUCAGUUGGGUGCAGUUACGACGAUUUUCGAAAAGCAUUAGUUGAAAACUCUGAGGCGUCCGGAGAGGGAUGUAAAGAUAAGUCUUCAGAUGAUGAUGACAACUCUAACAUCUUGUUCCGAGGUCGAAAAUACAUGGCAACAAAUGGCAAAACUCGGAACGAGAUUUGGCAAAGUAUGUGGAAACGAAAUAAAUCAAGUGCUACGGCCGUUCCAGGUACGGUGUCAUCCAUGACAGUACGCGGUGUAUUGCCCAACUACGCUGGACAUGCCACUGCGUCACUUACACCAACAAUUGCCAAUGCAUCAACUUCAACGUCGCCAAAGGCAGCGUCUUCCAAAGCGUCUUUAGCUGGCGACAACACGCCACCCAAUAUCUAA